CAGUUUGCGAAUUGGCAUUUUACAACACUGUCCUGCAUCAAAUCUUUAAGAAAAACAUAUAUCCAUGCACAACACAAAUACUUAUAAUGGGAUUGGAUCAAUAAAGGUCGAGUUGUCUUGCCACAAAAUCGAAUCCACUAAUUGGAUUGUUUUGCCGUUGCACAGGAAAGCGGAAGCAAAUUGAGAGGCGUGUGUUUAAACAAUAAAUACACAACAAUAAUAAAGUUAAGAAAAACUGAACCCACAUACACACACACAGAUAGCAUGAAGUCGACAGCAACAACAAAAUCACGGCUCGCAAGUCUCACCGAGGACAUCUCCAUAAUACCCGAGGACGCGCCAUAUCGGGCACGUCUCCACUUCCUAUUUGCACAAAUCGAGAAGGAAUUCGAGCAGCUAUAUCUGGAGAAUCUCAAUCUUCAAGACAAACUGGACAAUGCCACCGCCAGCACAAAGGAUGUACUGACUCCCUACACGGAGCAGCGUGCCACAGCCGCUGCUUCUGCAGUUGCUCUUGUGGCCACGGGCAGCGGCGGCGCCUCACUGGCUGCAACACCUGCCACACCAUCAUCAGCGCCGCUUGGCGAUGAGAUUGGUGCCAGCUUGCUGGCCGCCGCCUCCAGCACCCACAAGAGUCUCAAGGCCAAGCUGAGCAGCGCCACAGGCGGGAGCAAGGUGAAGGCAAGUAAUAAAAUCAAAGCCCAGACCAGUCGCAUUGUCUCCAGCUUCAAAGCCCAAACAGUCGUGAGUUCGGUGGUGCGUGAAUUCGGCGGCCACAAGGAUGGCAUUUGGCAGGUUGCCGCCAAGCAGGGACAGCCCAUUAUUGGAACCGCAUCCGCGGAUCACACUGCAUGCAUUUGGGGCAUCGAGAGUGGACGCUGUCUGCUGCAGUAUCAAGGACAUGCGGGCUCUGUGAACUCCAUUAAGUUCCAUCAGCAUCGGGAUCUAGUGUUGACUGGCAGUGGCGAUGGCACUGCGCACAUUUGGCAGGCGGCUGUCAACUGGGAGGUGCCCAAAAAGGGACACUCUUCCGAGGAAGAGCUUGACGAUAGCGACGGGCAGCUAGAGGAUCGUGAUCGUGUCGAUACGCUACGCACACCGCUCUGCGAAUUUACGGGACUGGGCGGGCAUCUCUCUGUCGUUGUUGCCGCCGAUUGGCUUUCCAGCAUGGAUCAAAUUAUUACGGGCAGCUGGGAUCGCACUGCCAUACUCUGGGAUGUGGAGACGGCCCAGCCUCUGCAGCCACUUACGGGCCAUGAUCAUGAGCUCACACAUGUUUCGGCGCAUCCCACACAACGUCUGGUUGUUACCGCUUCGCGUGACACCACCUUCCGCCUCUGGGACUUCCGUGAAGCCAUACCCGCUGUUUCUGUGUUUCAGGGACACACUGAGACCGUAACGUCGAGUGUUUUUGCGCGAGACGACAAAGUGGUUUCGGGCUCGGAUGAUCGCACCAUAAAAGUAUGGGAACUGCGCAAUAUGCGAUCAGCCCUGGCCACCAUACGCACGGAUUCCUCUGUAAAUCGUUUGGCUGUAUCCACGGGCGGUAUUAUUGCCAUACCACAUGACAAUCGACAGAUACGUUUGUUUGAUUUGAAUGGACAGCGUGUGGCACGUUUGCCGCGAACCAGUCGCCAGGGACAUAGGCGUAUGGUCUCCUCGGUAGCCUGGGCAGAGGAGCCACUGAUGAAUUGUGAUUUGUUCUCUUGCGGCUUCGAUCGACGUGUAUUUGGCUGGUCCAUAGUCUUACCAAAGGAUAAUUGAAAAUUACUAAAACGUUGAGCUGCAGUGCAGCCAAGGAAAUCAUUAUCAUCGGGAUGAAGAAACAUAGAAAUGCGAAUAUCUCUUGAGCACAUCAGCGACGUUUUGUUGUUAUUGGUUUAACCACGCGACGCUUAACUUAAACCAUCGGUAUAUCAAGUAUUUUACAAAAAAGAAAACAAUAAGAACAAAUAUUUAUUACGACUCGUUCUCUUUAUAAAUGUACAUAGCAUGAAUCUUGCUUUAUGCCAAAUAUUCCUGCUAUACAUACUUACAUAUUUAAUAUGCAUAUACAACAUAUACUAUAUUAAUAUCAUUGUUAUUUACUACAUAUAAUUACUGAAUGUGAAAUAUGUAGAUAAGAGGUUGACAAACAACAAAAUAUCGUACCAUUUUAGCUGUUUUUAUUGAUAUAUAUUUUACGAUUUAUAGUAAACUUAAUUUAACACUCUAUAUGUCUAAGGCAUGGGAUUAACAUUGAUGUUAGAUACAAAAUACAAAUCACUUAAUAAAAACGCCCCCAUAUCCAACUCCGAAUACAGAUAUACUUUAGAAUCCAAUUCUCUUUAUAGGUGGGCAAAUUUCAGAACUAGAAGACCAGCAAGUAUGCCAAUUUCCAGAAUGAUUAUCAGGAUUAAAACCACUCUAUUGUAUAGGACUUCAUGACGUAGCUUGCGUAUGAUGACUCGCGAUUUGGACAGCUCCUGAUCAGCAUCCUCAAGUCUACGGGUAGUGCGCAACAGCGAUUCCCUUUGUCCGCCCAGUUCUCCAAGUAUCUGGAAUAAUUCAUACAUACAUGUGUAUAUGAGUAAGCUACUGAUAAUAAAUUACAACAAUGCACAUACUUCAGCGCCCACAGAUUCCGUCUGAAGUGCGACUUGAUUGGAUCUCUCAAUGCUUUCAUUUGUACUCUGAAGGACAUUGUAGGUGUUCGCUAGCACUUGCUGUUGACGACGAUCGUGCUCAGUACUGCCACUGGGCAGUUGGGUGUAUCCUCCAUAAGACAUGUUAAUUGCAGU